UACCUACCGACCUACCUACCUACCUACCUACCUAGUUGCGCAUGAUUUUACACUGCUAUUCGCACCUUUCUUCAUUCUUUGUGUCAUCUUUGUACUUUAUACUUUAUGCGCUCUGCUACUCCUCCGUGUACCUCUCCUUCCACCCCGGAACUCAGCACAAUGUACGACGAUGAUAUCACGCCUCAAUAUGAGUACAUACUCCAGCAUUAUGAGAGCCAGGACAUGGCCAGAGCAGUCUCACAGGACUCUUUUGGCAGCGCUGUUUCAGUGCACUCUGUCGGCUUGGGGUGUGCCACACCUGACAUCAUGCUCUCGAUCCCGGAUCUCUUUCAGGGGGACCUCAGCCAGCAGUUACAACACAUCCCUGUCGCCACGGGCCUAGAUCAAAACCAUAUGGCCUAUGAAAACAGCCAUGAUGCGUAUGGCACGAAUUUCCAGGAGCAGACCGAGACCCCUUGGACUAACAACACCGUUAUGGAUGGGGGUGUUGUCCCGUACCCGGACGGGCUAGUCUAUAGGGGCGGGUCUUACGGUCAGCAGGGAGUGCCUACCUGGGACUACCCGAUUCAGGAAGUGGAUGGUUACUGGCAGCAGCAGCAGCAACAACAGCAGCAGCAGUACCCUGAGAUGCAAACCAUUGAACCGGUAUCGACUUACAUGGCCGAACUUUGGCAAGAAGAACCCCCUAGUCAGCCACAGGUCCAGAGAGUGCAACCGAUCACACCGACGGAGGGUCCAUCCUCCUCCGCCAAGCAGCUGCAUCAGUGCCCGUACGACGGUUGCGAUGCCGUCUUCGAUCGCUCGGCCAACCUGACGCGACAUGUCGCAAAGAGCAAGAAGCACGUCCUAACCAACGGCAGAAGCGGCAAGCCCGAUGUGUUCCACUGCGGAUUUCGCAUCUGCCAAAAGGCCGGGCGCGACGCCAUCCCGCGCAAGGAUCACUGCCGGGAGCACCUCCGCAACUUCCACAGACAGGACCUCUACAAGCGCGGCGAGAAGGUAGAGAUGGACUGGCUCCGAGAAUGUCUCAUCGACAAGGCCUACUGGUACUGCAACAAAUGCCUGGCAAGGAACAGGACUGCCGACGUGUCGUCUGCUUGGAGGUGCAGCCGCUGUGGAAACGAGUGCGAGCCCGAGAGGAUCGCCGUCAGGCUUGAAACUUAAAGGGGAGGAAAGGGUUGAUUGGGUAUCAACUCAGUCCUCGCCUUGUCGCCUUGACCAGAAAACCGCCACCGAACGCCGAGACUGUCGCAGACCGGACAUGAACUUCAGUGAACAAGAUAUACCGACUCUCACCGCAAGAGCAAAAAGAGCAAGAGGACGAUGGUGUGCGACAUCGUGAAGCAGCCAGCUGUCCGUCUCCUGUGGCGAUAUCAUUCCCGGAACACUAAACUAUCAUCUCAACUUUCUCCCUACAGAAAUAAUAGGGAGGAAUAAAAAAAAUAGAGGCUCGAGCCAAGUCCAGUGCUUCCAAGGGCAAGACAACGGAAUCCACCUUGCACGACUGAGCUCCUUUUUUUCUAAUUUCUUUUUGUCCUUAGUUUGUACAGCGUCUCUUUUUAUGGAAACUGCAUUCUGCAUUUUGCGGUUUCCCACCUCUCUCCUUUUAUCCCCUAUUUUCUCUCUAUUUCUUUUCAAUCACCAAUUACACGGGCAAAAGGCGACGGCAGGGAAACCGGAGUAAAGGAGGAAGAAAAAAGAAAAAGGUCAAUGAGCAACAACUGGAUACCAACGUUUACGUUGAGUGUUUUGGGUGGGAGAAUAAAACGAGACGAGGAAAAGCCAGUUCGAAAUCUGGGUUCAGGUUCUAUAGAAGCCAUGGGAUGGAACGAGGUACAUGAAGCUUUAGAUGGAGUCUCAUGUUCCUUUGGGGAUUGCGAUUUUUUUUUCUUCUCUUUGGUUGGUCUGGCUUAACGAUACCCCGGGUGUCAUCCAUGACGAAGUCUGGAUGCACUCAGCAUGGAGCUCUACGUUUUACCGCCUUGAUGGCGCUCUCGUGGACUCCCAAUGUUUUCGGCACUCCCCUCAGUCAUGAGGAGAGGUGCUAAUGUAUACCUACAGAGUAGGUGGUAGAUAAGGAUGGAAAAGGAAAUAUCCGUACAGGACAGAGAGAGACAUUAUUCCCGCCCCUAUUUUGCGACUCAGUCGUAUGUGUGUGUUUUCCGGGUAGCCUUGAUUCAAGAAAGGAUGAUGGUGGUCUUGGUUACAUGCACCUUGGACGCUAGAAUAGAUUCUAGAACUACAGUAGACAUUUUGAAGGGAGUGCAUAAGGCAAUUGACAGCACGCGCCGCAUGGAACAGUCC